UCAAAGCGGGAAAAAAGGGUUUCUUCUUUUUCUUAUUUCUGGGUUUUUUUUCUUUUUUCUGUAGAGUGUGGAACCAACCACAGAAAAAAAAAAUAACAAAAAAGGGAAACACACAGCAGUACCAUUGAAAGCUUAUUUCUCACCAAGUUCAAGUUUUUGUUCUGAGCCCAUUGUGCGAUGCAUCAAGAACAAAGCCAUGAUGGCCAUUUUCCAAUGCACGAAGAAAUUGCACGCGAUACACGAGCACGUCAACUGCAAGCCUCUCGUCUACGGAUCGCUCUGUUUAAAGGACUUCAGGUGGAUUCGUCGGCGGAACGACAAGCGACACUGGAACAGAUAGUGCAAGUCGUGAAAUCGUAUAUGCGCGUCGCCAAGUCACCGUUUUCUCCCAGCAAAUGCACACAACCGUCGACAUGGUCACCGGCCACCCCAACAGCCUCGUCAACCGAUACCACCACCCACACCCAUCACGCAGUGACCACCACCGCCACCCAAUCGUCUCCGACUCGCGGUGAUGCGGCCUCGUUUGGCGAUCCGUUGGCCUCGUACGAGGAAGCCGGUGGCACGGAUGAACAACUGCAAUACUUUUUGUUGACCAUUCUGCGACUCUCUCUGACGUGUCCUUUCAGCGAUGUGCGACGUGUUUUCAAAGAUUUUCUUCAAAUCACUACCGACACCGCGAUCCCGACUCCGCAACCACGGCAUCGAUCGCCGUCGUAUUUCAUUUCUCUGAACGAUGUCUUUUCUUUAGAAUCCACUUCGUCCUCUAAACGUGUCACGUAUCCAUGUCCUGCCAAUCUGUCCUUUUCACCUUGGUCCCAAGAAGCCGAAUCCACGGACAGUUUGGAUAGUGUAUCGGAUGUCAUGAGAUCGGCGUGGCGGUCGACGUCGACGCUCGCUGGCGACGAAGUUUCCAUUCAUUCCGUGGCGUCCGAUGUCGAUGACUGCAAUACGGGCGGUCGACCAUCGGACGAAUACGUACGGCAAAUGAUGAUUCGCACCUUUAUGGAAGAAGGCCGAGUCAACAACCUGUUUCGCGUCAUGUCAUUUUUCCCCACGUUUUAUGAAAUUUUUCACAGCACCUUUACCAAGACCAUCCGGGCUUCCAUUGGGCCUUUGCAACGUACGUGGCGAAGCUAUCUGGGAAUUCUGGCGGCCGCCGAACAUUCUUGUCAAUAUCUUGUAUCGAUUUUGAAGCUGGAUUUUCUUCAAAGUGGAGGCGAUCCCUUGUGGCUCAAGGGCAUCCAUUACUGUCCGGCCAAACUGCAGAGCAUUUCUGGCGUGAUACUCAAACUGGCGCGGCAACCUUGGCGACUGGACGAAACGGAUAUCCGGCGAAUCAUGAAUAACACGCGAUCGUCCUUGGGCGAUGCCUGGAGCAAAGGUGAGCUCGUCCAAGCCAUCGUGGUCGUGUCGACGAUUCUCGGGCUCAGCAGUUUUGUGCUUGGUUGCGGGAUUGCACCCGAAGUCGAUAUGCGAGGUGGGUACUAUAUUCGCGGGUACUGCACCGAGGAUCUGGAAGGAAUCGAGCACGAAUUGGAUCAACGGUCGGUGCCUUCGCCUUACGAUAUCGAAGUGACGCACGCGGCUUCCAAUGCCACUGGUUGGCAUGACAGUACGAUUGAAUCGGAAAGUCACGAAUCGUCGUCAACGGCCAAACACGAGGAUGACCGGUUUUCAUCCGAUAUUGGUCGAGGAUUGGGGGUUUCGGUAGAUUCGGACGAUGGCGGCGACGAUUUGGACAGUGAUGCAGCGGAUAUCAUGGAACAUACCAACGAAUUGAUUUCCAAGCUCCAGUCGAACCGAAGGCAUGAAUUGCAGGAGAGUCUGGAGAAGCUGAACUUGCAUUGUUUGCGAGAAGAACAACAACAAAGAAAGCAGGACGCUUUGGAGAGUUCCAAUGGGACCUCCCUGGCGGACCGUCAUCGUGAGCGUGGAUCCGAUUGGAUGGGAAGUGUCAAUGCGGUGUAUGAGGACCUUGAUCGGUUCGUGGAUCCUCAGAUCAGUCAAUGUAUCCAAUUAGAGGAGUUUCAAUCGGGGCAGGGUGGCUGUCAUGAGUUCAUGCUUGGCGAAUACUGCUGGGAAGACCAUGGAUGCGACUUGAUGAACCAGUUCCUACCCGGUGUAGGCGAUGAAGUCGAUGAUGAAUUCAACGAAGCCCUGAGUAUCACUGAUUGGAGUAUUUUUCACCAGGUGUCUGAAGGAGCGGUGGAUACGACACCUUUGAGACAUGCUAUUUGGUUUUACGCACAGCAGUUAUUUGGUGUGACCAAGGAAGAUUACAUGUACUCCGAUAUCCCGACCUACCUCAGCCAGCGCAAUAAGGAUUACAUUCAGCGAGUGUGCCGACGGCCUCACGAGAUUCGCUGGAGUGAUUGGAAUAAUAUUGGCAUUUCUCUUCGACCCGAAGAAAAAUGUCACAUUAACCUUUUGGUCGCGUCUGCAAAAAAGCAGGCCCUUUUAUGCUACGGUCUUUCGCUUAUAUCCCAAGUUUAAUCAAGCAUCCUUCCAGAAAAAAAAUUCAUUAUAUACACGCACACAUACACACACUCACUCACUCACUUUAACUCUUAAAUACACGCUUACCCACCCACCCAUCGUACCAAAAAGGAAAAUGCACGUUAUAUAAAAUUACACACUUCUGUACAGCAUUCAAAGGGGACGAACCCAACACCAAGC